CGGCCGCGGCGAUCCCUACCGCCUCUCGCCGCCGGUGAUCCGGCCGCCGCCGCCGCUGCUGCUGCCUCCAUCUCCGGCCGCUUCCACGGGCGCACGGGACGAGUCUCCGCGACGCCUCGGCCAGGUUCUAAUGCAGCAAUCUCUUGCUCCGAGGUACAGUAGAUUGGGGUGCGCUGAAUAACUAGGGCAACCGGGUUGUGCAUGACUGCGUUAGCUGGCCCCGCCGGAAGAGCAGCUUCUUGGAGCAGGGGUGUCAAAGCGGCGACUCGCUGUGGUCUCGGCUUGCUUCCCCGGUGGCGGGGCGUGUGCCGGAGCGUGAGAAUGGAGAAUGGGAGCUCUCAGAGUGGGCGUGGUGCCCUCAUAGUGCUGGAAGGGCUUGACAGGAGUGGGAAGUCUUCGCAGUGUGCUCGGCUGCUGUCCUUCCUGCAAGGCAAAGGUUGCCAGGCCGAAGGGUGGCGGUUUCCCGAUAGAAGUACUAGCGUUGGGCAGAUGAUAUCCGCGUACCUCGCAAAUGAGUCGGAACUUGAUGAUAGGACAGUCCAUUUGCUCUUCAGCGCAAAUCGCUGGGAGAAAAGAGCUUCAAUGGAAAGAAAGCUGCUUGGUGGAACUACUCUCAUUGUUGACCGCUAUUCUUAUUCUGGAGUGGCAUUUUCAGCUGCCAAGGGACUUGACAUUGAGUGGUGCAAGGCUCCUGAAAUUGGACUUGUAGCCCCAGAUCUUGUAGUAUAUUUGGAUGUACAACCAGAGAAAGCCGCUGAGAGAGGAGACUAUGGGGCCGAGAGAUACGAAAAAAUUGAAUUCCAGAAAAAAGUUGGUGAGCAUUACCAUUCACUUCGUGAUUCAACAUGGAAGGUUGUUGAUGCCUCCCUCCCCAUGGAAGUUGUGGAAGAACAGCUGAGGGAGUUAGCCAUGAGUUGCAUUCUGGAAAGCCAAGGCAAACAACUUGCAAAUCUGGCCUGGUAGUGUAUUACGAUCAGUUGAUGCCAAUGCCACAUCAGAUCUGGCUUCGGCACCUGCCAACACUUCAUUGCGCGUGUUGUGUGCACAAGUAUAGAGUUGCGUCUCCAUUAUCGGUUUCUGUAUUGUGUGUGCACAUUUAUUAGAGUUAUGUAUUAGAGGGAUUGCUGAUUUUCUAUGCUCGGUGAGCGCCUUUUAUAAAGUGGAGAGCUUACAUGCUGAUGUUCUGAUGGGAUUCUACUGUUCUUGUGAGAUUAUUAUAUACUGUUUGUCUAAUUUGAAGAACACACGUUUAAGUACUGAGAAAAGACGAUUUGAACU